ACUUUCAGGAGGGGAGGCCAGGGGAGGUCAUCAGCUCGAACCGCUAUCAAGCGUAUUCUCCACGCGGUGGCACGUCGGUGUGUGUAUCCAACGAAUUGCGUUCAUCCAACGUGUGCUUCGUCUCAGCUUUGUCUCAACUUUCCUCUCAACAAGAAUACAUAGUGAAAAGGGCGUCUACUGUAAUCGUUGAGAAUAUAUCGACAUGACGGUUCCUGCAAGAUUGUCCAGAGACGUGAUCGUGCUUUGGGACCGGCUCGCUGGUCCAGUGAGAACAAACUCGGCCAAGGUUGACCGUUGCCAGUGAAACUGAUCCUUUUUUCUGGCUGCUCUAGAGCAGCCGGCGACGCCGGUUUGUACCGACAGCUUCUUCUGGAACAAACACGUGUCCAAGUGGGGGGAGAUGCAAGAGGAUCAGCGCGAUUGACAUGGCAGCCGACCUGUACGCGAAUGGAUCCGUGAAGUCAACGUCCGGCAGAAUUACGGGCAGCAUGAGGCAACGUAAGACCGGCACUCUUGGCGCCGCGGCGCCUGUAUCUCCUGAGGAGGAACGAUUGAAGUUCCAAGACAACAGGUUCUUGACGACGUUGGUACUCGGCAGAAAUAGGAAAAUCUCGCCGGACGUGCUGCCGUCGUGUUCCGCGGGUAUUUUCAGGCAAAAGUCGUUCCGCGCGUCGACGCCGCCGCGGAGCAACUCGAGCAGCGCACCUGCAGCGACCAGCGAGCGCCAGCACGCAGAUGCGGAACAGCGGGGUCCACGUGAGCCGAAAACACCUAACAGCGGCAGCACACGUUUGAAGAGCGGCGUGUUACUUCUGGCGCGGAGCGCCCGCGGCACCAGUAAGCACGCGCGCCUUGGCACGGCACUGGCGAACAAAAUGGCGUCCUCGAGCACCAGCACGGUCGUGCAGGGCUGGCCGAACACCAAGGACGACUACGAGCUGAAAGAGGUUAUUGGUGUUGGCGCAACUGCCGUAGUGCACGCCGCAUUUUGCAUUCCCCGACAGGAGAAAUGUGCGAUCAAGAGAAUAAACCUGGAGAAAUGGAACACAAGCAUGGACGAGCUUCUGAAAGAAAUACAGGCAAUGUCCUCCUGCAAUCACGAGAACGUGGUCACGUAUUACACGUCGUUCGUCGUGAAGGAAGAACUUUGGCUCGUUCUCAGGUUGCUGGAAGGUGGAUCCUUGCUGGACAUCAUCAAACACAAAACCAGAACUACGAAUUGCAAGCACGGGGUAUUCGAUGAAGCUACAAUAGCCACCGUCUUGCGAGAAGUGCUCAAAGGCCUUGAAUACUUUCAUAGUAAUGGACAGAUACACAGGGACAUAAAAGCCGGUAAUAUCCUACUAGGAGAAGAUGGCACCGUGCAGAUAGCCGAUUUCGGUGUCAGUGCCUGGCUAGCAACUGGUCGGGAUUUAAGUAGGCAGAAAGUCAGGCACACGUUCGUGGGCACGCCUUGCUGGAUGGCACCUGAGGUCAUGGAGCAGGUGAGAGAGGACCAUGGCUACGAUUUCAAAGCAGACAUUUGGUCACUUGGCAUCACUGCCAUCGAAAUGGCUAGCGGCACAGCCCCAUACCAUAAAUACCCGCCAAUGAAGGUGCUCAUGCUGACCCUGCAGAACGAUCCGCCAACUUUAGACACUGCCGCCGACGAUAAAGAUCAGUACAAAGCCUACGGUAAAACAUUCCGGAAAAUGAUCGUCGAUUGCUUGCAGAAAGACCCGACGAAAAGACCAACGGCAACUGAGCUGCUGAAACAUCCGUUCUUCAAAAAAGCAAAGGAUAAGAAAUAUUUGCAACAGACUUUGGUAGCUUGCGGUCCUAGUCUUGAAACUCGAGUACAGAAGGCUUCGAAAAGACAACCUGGCACGUCGGGUCGUCUGCACAGAACAGUUACGGGAGAAUGGGUUUGGUCAUCGGAGGAAGAGGACAGCGGUGCGUCCAGCGGUGACGAGGGCAAAGAAGCUUUGCCAGUUAACACGAUCGAGAACGCGUCUAGCACCGAAGAGGAGCCGGAGGAAGAGUUUUACGGACAAAUAAAGUCGGCACGAAGUCACAUUGCUGUACAAGCCACCGAGCAGAAUGUUCCUAUAAACUUGGUGCUAAGAUUACGAAACCAGAAACGAGAGCUUAACGACAUCAGAUUCGAAUUCGCUGUCGGAGUAGAUUCCGCCGAGGGAAUCGCGGCAGAGCUAGUCGGUGCGGGGUUGGUCGAUGGCAAAGACAUCGUUGUGAUAGCUGCGAAUUUGCAGAAACUCAUAGACAGCGCCGGCCAAUUACGGACAGUAACGUUCUCGCUGAAUUCUGGUCACGCAGCCAAUGAAGUGCCAGACGACAAGGCAUUAAUAGGAUUUGCUCAGAUCUCGAUCACUGAUUAGAACGGCACGGCAGAAUUCAUUGAAAUUUCUCAGGAUACCAAUCUUAGACGUCAGUUCAGAGAAUGGAAAGUGUCAGAAGCUAAUCGCUGUUCUCUCGUUAUCUGAGAAUUUUGGGAAAAAGAUUUAUCAAGUCAUUUUUUUCUUCACGGCUUUUGCUACUUUCACUUCCUCGGAGUUCUAAUACACGCGACAAACUAUCGAAAGAAUACAGGACAAUGAAUAGAAAUUCAUUUGAUGGACUGCUUGAACGCAUUUUUCAAAGCUACGUGCAGCAGAGCUACGAGAAUAGAGAAUACGAGAAUGCUGCUGAUAUUACUAAGGAAGAAGCUUGACUGAAAAUAAUCAGAAUUAUUUCGCAAUGAUCUUCUGUGACGCGAGAUACUGAUCAGUUCUGCCAGCUGUUCGUAUGUUGCGAACGUGGAGAAGAAAACAAUAUGAUACUGGCUUAAGUUUCCACUUGCUCUAAUCAUUAAUGGCUGUAGUCUCAUAUAUUCAACCUAUAUCACUCAUAUUAUUGCAUUAAUUCCUGUGUAAAUAUUAAUAGUCGAUGAAUUCUUCGAGAUUAGGUUUAUCCAAGCUCACGACUCAAGCGAGAGCAACAGAAUUUCAAAUAAUUAAGUGAACGAGUGGCGAACUGUCGAAAGGUGCUUAAAAAAAAGAAAAAAAAGAAAAACAUCCGACUUACUUAUUUGAAAUACCAGAUAAAUGAAUAUAUAUAUAUAUUCUUUUUAGUUUUUUGAAAAUAUGCGUAAUGUUCGAUGCAUAUCGUGUAUUUAGAAGAAAAGAAAAGGAAAAAACGAGAAAAAAAGAAGCGGAAGAAAAAAAAAACAAUCGUCAAUCUAUCCUCCUGUACGUUGUAAACGAUCGUUUACCGUAUUUCUUUAUGCUUUACGCUACAGGAUUGUAGAACACGCGAAAGUACUAAAGAAACGUGUUUUGUACUUAAUUAAAUAGAAUUAACGAUAGCGGAUUUAUUAUUUUGUAGCUUCAUUAGAGGCAAACGGUUGAGAAAUGAAAAAUUACGAUUCACGUGUCUUCGCUGGUGACACACACACACACACACACACACAUACACACAUACACACAUACACACACACAUGCACAGAUGCAAAUAUAUACAGGUGGUUGUUUUAAGAAUGAUUCAACCCUUUGAGACGUUUUUCUUUAAAUUAAUCUUCGUAUGAAAAAUCUUUCAAUCAUUUACACACGUAGAAAUUUUUCAUGACACAUUUUCAAUGUACUAUGCUUAAUUAAUAUCACAACGUUAAUGUUCAUUUUCUUUUAUAUAUAUUUAAAACAACUAAACUGUUAGCCACAUUUUAACAAUAUAAAAACGAAUAAUCAGGAUUUGAUAUUCGUGUGUUAAUAUUGACUUCAAAAAUGAGAAACAAACUGUACAAAGGGUUGGAAAAAAUAGAUUGCAUUGGAAUCGCUUUGAAUGGAAUGAAUCGAACGACGGAGGCGCAACUAAUUAUACGUGUGUUUGAAUGAACCGCGAGAUUGAUGUGAAUUAUACAGGGCAAAUAAAUUUAUCAUAAUUAGCCUGUUUUAAAAGUAAUGUGAUUUUGAGUUUAAGCGAUUUUUCUGGUCCGCGUAGUGGACCCUUGUAAAAUUGAUAAAGGAAACAAAUAUUUUUCGCAAUAUUACGAAUAUAUUGAUAUUACGAAGAUGAUGGAAAUAUUUAUUGAUUGAAAAAAAAAAAAAAAAAAACAAAAAGGGGUUUCAUGAAAUAAAGCCUAGAGUUAUUCUACUGAAUAAACGAAAAUUUUUUAAUUGAAAUAGAAUUCCUUUAUCUAUUGUAAGAACAUGUAUGGUAGAUUUUUAUAAAAAAAAGUCACUUGGAAAAUAUAAAGUUUCUUUGUAUUUCACGAGAGAAGUUGUCACAUUCGCUUGCAAGUAAAAACUGUUACAGAAAAACGAAAAAAAUAUUGAUGCUUGUUAAUUUCUGUUGAACUUCAUUAUUCUUUUCUUUUUUUUUCUCUCUCGUCGGCAAGUAAUUAGUCAUUAAACGACGAAAGCAAUGCAUUUCGAUAUUAUCGAACGAGGAAGAAUAGUUCUUUCUCCGGCGAUUCUUUAUUUUUAUAGAGUUAUUAGAAGAAAUUUAUUUGUGAGAAAUGGAUAAUCAAACUUGAAUAAAACAAUUAAUAACUUUCGAACAGA